AUUUAGUUCCUGGAAUAUCUACGCAGCUCAAAAUAUUUCAGCCAAGGUGUGAAAUGGAAAGACUGGCUUAGUUUUCGUAAAGCUUUCUUCACUUCAAGAAGAUUAUGCUAAUUAAAUGCAUCUAAACUUUGCAUAUUGCUCCAAGCUUGCAAGCUCACUAAACCAGUUAGAAUGCAUAGCUGGAAAUGCCUCCUCGCAUUGCUGUUGUUGUGCAAUGUUCUCAGUGUAUAUGUUGAAGAAUCGAAUGCUCUCCGGUUUGGUGGCAGUAAUGAAAAUGGCAGUGAUGGAGAAGAAAAUGAUGAAGCAUAUGAUGAUGACCAUGAUAAUGAUGAUGAUGACAGUGAUAAUGAUGAUGAUGAUAGCAAUGAUUAUGACGACAGAAGUGAUGAAGGUGAUGGUGUCAAAUAUAAAGGCGAUGAUGACAAAGGUAAAGGUGAUGGUGACAAAGCUGAUAAAGAUGAUGGUGACAAAGUUGACAAAGAUGAUGGUGUCAAAUGUAAAAGCGAUGAUGACAAAGGUAAAGGCGAUGAUGUGAAAGGUGAUAAAGGUGAUGGUUACAAAGCUGAUAAAGAUGAUGGUGACAAAAUUGAUAAAGAUGAUGGUAACAAAGCUGAUGACGACAGUGGUGGAAAAGGUUAUGAAGGCAGUGGUGACAAAGGUAAAGGCGAUGGUGUCAAAGCUGACGGUGACAAAUCUGAUAAAGAUGAUGAAGGCGAUGGUGAAAAAGAUGAAGGUGGUGGUGAUAAAGGUGAUGACAAAAGUGAUAAAGGUGAUGAAGGUAGUGGUAAUAAAGGUGAAGGCGGUGGAGACAAAGGUGAUAAAGGUGAUGAAGUCAGUGGUGACAAAGGUAAUGAAGGCGUUGGUGACAACGAUGAUCAAGGCUAUGAUAAAGAUGGUAACAAAUAUGAUGAAGAUGAUGAUAGUAAUGAUCAUAACGAUCAUGAUGGCAACGAUGAUGACAACAAAGAAGACGAUGAAGAAGAUGUUGAAGACGACGCUGACGUUGAUGAUGAUGAAGAAGAAGAAGAUGGGGAAGAUAACUAUAAUAAUGAUGAUACUAUUACUGGUAACCUCCCGAAAGUUACCGAAUCUACUAUACUCACAACAACCCAGAAAAUUCAACCUGCCAAUGCCGUAACGUCUGCUAUAAAGUCUGGUUUCGAAUCUCCCAAUAAGACUUUCACUAAUACUUCCAACAAAGGCAUAGUCGACGUAAACAAAAAAAAAGGUGAAAAAACCAAAAAGAAGAUCGAAAGGACGACACAGGGGUUUACAUUCAGGAAUAUUUUCAAGCAUUAUAUAAUAAACAACCCCGCAAAAUUUGUGGAAAAUUGGAAAAUUUUAAUCAAGGGAAAAUCAUAGAAUUGCUGCUUUUACAUCAUUUGCUUUAUCA